AGACCCCAUUUAAUCCUCUCUCUCUCUCCCUGCGCCGAGUCUCGACCGAAAACCAGAGAAGAUAAUCUCAGAUCCGAUCUUUGUAGGAAUCCGAACCAAUCGAAAAUGUCGUCUACCUUCAGCGGCGAUGAAACGACACCUUUUUUCGGCUUUCUCGGCGGCGCCGCCGCUCUAGUCUUAUUCUCUUGUAUGGGAGCGGUGUACGGUAUGGGAUCGGCGCCGUCGAUGGGCGUGAUGAGGCCGAAGCUGGUGAUGAAGUCUAUUGUUCCGGUGGUCAUGGCUGGUGUUUUGGGUAUUUACGGUUUGAUUAUUGUUGUGAUUAUUAGCACCGGUAUUAACCCUAAGGCCAAGUCUUACUACUUGUUUGAUGGCUAUGCUCAUCUCUCUUCUAGACUUGCUUGUGGUCUCGCCGGCCUCGCCACUGCUGUAGGUUUAGGAGUUAGUGGAAUAAAAGUUGGAGAUAUUGUUGCUUGUGCUGGUUCUUCAAUGGGUGCAUAUGCAGAAGAGCAAAUCCUUCCUGCUCUAAAAGUGGUUGUAGUGCCUCCUUCGAUUGAUCCCAUUGUAGCAGCUUCUGUCAUGGUCAAGAAUGACUCCUCGGUAUCUAGUCCGCAGAUGCUUUAAAGUUGAACAGGGGCACACUAUCCUCUACACGCUGCAGCCAUAGAACUCUAAAAAAAGCUGCAAACAUCAAGAAAAAAUUAGAAAAAUUAUUCGAAAUUUCACGUGAUUCUCAAUUUUUUUAUUUGG